UUCUUUUUAAACUAAACUAAUCUUCAUUCCCCUUUUCCUGGUAUAUUUUAUAUUAUUUCUUUACAUUAUUUCAGUGUUUAAUCACAGACAUUUAUUUUAAUAUCCAUCUAAAAAUGGCUUCAUCUCAAGGAGUGUCACUCAAUUCAAAAUUUCAGGGAACCAUACUUGGUGCUCUGUUUGGGGAUUGCCUUGGUGCUAGAUUUGAGGAAAGUUGGUGUAUAACGCCAACUGAACGGGUCGUUAGAUAUUACGAAAGCGUAAUAGACAGAGUAAACUCACAGAAGGAUGAGAAAAAGGGGUUUGUUUUGUAUACUGAUGACACCUGUAUGACCUUUGACCUUGGCGAAUCACUUGUCGAGUGUAAAGAAUUUGUUCCACAAAAUGUCGCUAAAAACUUUGGAGAAACCUACUUUGCUUCAUCACCACAGAGAUUUUAUGGCGGAAAUGUCGUCUCUAUUUUUAAGUCGACAAAAGAAAAUGAUUACCACAACCCCUUCGAUCCAGCAAAAGAACAAUUUGACGGAGAGGGCUCUUAUGGAAAUGGAUCGGCGAUGAGAGUAUCACCAGUUCCAUUGUUUCAUCAUAAAGACAAAGUUAAAAUUGCAGAAUUAGCCUCAAGUCAGUCGAAGUUGACUCACACAAACCCAAAGGGAAUAAACGGAGCGAUUUUGCAAGCGUUAGCGAUCGAGAAAGCGAUGAAAUCGGAAAAUAUUCGUGAUCCUGUCGCGUUUGCCAAAAAAUUGAUGACAGAUUUAAAAAAAUUGACAAAAACGAAAAAGGAAUUGGAUGUUUACGAUGAAAAAAUUAAAAUUGUUGUGAAACUGCUAAAACAGAAAACUGAGGUGAAAGCAGAAGACGUUAUGGAUGCAGAUAUAUUGACAGACGUCACUGCACAUGAAGCUGUACCUGCUGCCAUUUUUUGUUUCCUUUACACCCUCAACGAAAAAAACAUUCCAGAAUUAUCCAAAUUUAACGGAUUUGUACGGGCUGUUAUCUACGCUGUGGCAAUAAGUGAGGAUUCUGACACCAUAGGGUCAAUGACUGGGGCGAUCGCUGGAGCGUAUUACGGAAUUGAGAUGAUUCCGUCUGAGUGGGUUGAAGCCUGUGAAGGAUCUGAAAGAGCUCUGAAAUUAGCUGAUGGCUUGUACAAGAUACACAAAGACAAAAAAUAGGUCAUGAAACCAAUCAAAUCACUUUUUAUCUUAUCUUUCCUGCAUUUCAGAAUAAUUGAAUAUAACUAUCAGUAGAGGUUAAGUGAGACUGACUCCCAAUCUUUCCUCAAUGCCUCUGCGCUAGUGCAUCGUAUGUGUAUAAUGCAAGGAUGCUGUAGCAGGAUUAAAAAUACCACAAUAUGCAAUUCAAGAGUCCUGUUGCACACUAACACAAAUGUAUUUCUGUAACGUUUGUCUGACCAAAAUCAGACUUCCUCAGACAAGCAGUUUACAACAAGGUCGUUGUUGCAGCAGGACUCCUGAAUUGUUUAAUUGCAUAUACAUUAACUUGAAUUUGUUAGUUUUCAAGCAUGGCCCAUUCUAUAAUAUAUAUUCGACAUUCAACAAUAUUAUUUUAGAAUAUAUUCGAAAGUAGAUUUUACCGUUUUGAGUAUCCCUGUGUCUUAAAUUUGUAUACUUAGUAGAAGUAAUUUGGGAGCUUUUAAAUUCAAUCUUUUUUACUUUGUAUUUAUUUAUUAUGUACUAUUCAAAUCAUAUAUGCUACAAAAGCAUGGAAUCCAUGACUUGUGUCAAUCUGAACUUAAUAUUUUAUUUUCGGACUUUAAUAACCCAGACCAGAAUAAUAGUAAGUCUGAUGUUACCUAUAUUUUUGUCAUAUUUUUAACAUGUGUUGGUGUUCUUUAUACAAAACUUUUUACCAUAUUUUAUGCCAAUCUUGCUCAAUUUUCUAUUCCUAACCAGUUGAAUUUUAUUCCUAUUACUCUAAAUUAAAACUAGAUUGCUCCAGGCUAUUGCUCUAGUUAAUGAAUUUUGUAUUAUAUAUGUGUCGGCAGUCCGCGUGGUCUAAGUUUUAGUUUAGUUCGGGCUCGUUCAAUUGUAUAUCGUCAUCGUGGUGAUUAACGCUAUCUUGUCGUCGUCAUCAUUACUGUGUUGUUUUUUUGCAUUUGAUGUGUCGCAUUUUUCUAUUUCACGUGUUGAAUAUUCUCAAUAAAACGGGUCUGGCAGAUCGACUUAUCAUUUCCGGGUCCCAAAAGUGACAAUAUGUGGCACUUCGUCAUGUUCCAAGUGACCAAGUUUAUUACUCACUUGAACUUAAAUAUAAAUUUCAUCGUUCAUUUAAUUUUUUAUAUAUUGCAGUAUAAGGAGUCUGUACAAAUUAUAGCUUAUUGUUCUCCGCAGCUUCCCUUCCCCAGCAAAAUUAUAUUUUCAAUAUUUUGCAAUUCUAUCGCUUAUUAUUUUGCUGAUUAGAAAAGAUAAACUUGACUAUGACACCUUAUCGAAAACAAUAUCAUUUUUUUAAAUCGGACCUGCCUUUUAUAUAGCAUCACAAUAGCUGUCCUCAGAGGAGGCCAUUCAUAUGACGAUUGAAACCAUACAUCCAUUCCUAUCCCUAACCUGCUGUUUAUAUUGCAACCCAAUUUGUUCUCCAUGGGGAGGCCCUUCAAAUGUCAAUUGAAAUCAUAUAUCAUUCCUAGGGCUGGGAAUGGUUAACCGAUUUUAGAUGGUUAACGGUUACGAUUAAUUUUAACCGUUAACUGACAUCUCAGGUACAAAUCAACUUUAUAAUGUACAAUUUUUUCAAAAAUGAUUACGUCAUCGACUCAUCGCAAAUUAAACUUCUGUAGCGUUUAAUUCAAUGAAUAUCACUAACUGUAACUGUAUUGAAGUACCAAGAUUGCUAAUUAUGAACAUUUGACAAUGAUAAAUUCAGAAUCUGUUUUCCUUUAUGAUAUCUCAGAGUAGAAUUCGCACGUGGAACACUGAAAAUUUAUGACAUAAAUGAUAAAUGACAUUUAAUAAUAACGGAUUCGGGUUUUAGUAAAAUGUUUCCAUAUGUCCGAACCGCAUAUCUCUUGCAGCAUGGUGAUCAUGAAACUAUCUUCAUUCAUGAAUCAUUUUGAGCGAUACCGGGAUAAAAUCACGCGAAAUUGCUUUGACCCGGUGUGACGUAACAAGCUAAAAUUAUAGAUUAUCACGUCAAACAUAAGCUGCGGUUAACCGUUAAAGUGUUUCCCCUGAAAAUUCCCAGCCCUAAUCAUUCCUAUUCCUUCCUUACUGUUUGUAUGGCAGCCCCAAUAGCCAUCCACAGAGGAGGCCAUUCAAACUAUGAUUGGGAGCAUAUCCAUCCCAAUUCUUAGCCUGUUGUAGAUAGACCCCUAAGGAGAAGACAAUACAAUCAUUCCCCUUACACCUGACUUAUCAUAAAUCACACUAAGGUGUUCAAUUAUUAAAUUUGUUCUUAAAAUAUUUGUCUUUCUGCAAGACCUACAUUUCAAAAGAGGUCUAUAGUUGCGGCUUCUUUGCUAUCCAUAUUUGUGUCUUACUUUUUGAAUUUGACCUUGUUUUCAAUAUUUGACCUUAUUCAUGAACUACUCAUUUUGUCUUUCCUUCAUCAAGGUUUUGAAUACAACAUAAAUGAAUGAAUUGCAAUUAAUAAAACAUAGUGCAUGUGAAGCUCUUUGAUUCAAAAGAUUGGGUUUUGAUCCCAGAUGUUGUGAAAGUCUGUUUAUUUGCUGUCCUAUGCUUCAACUAUAGUUUUCAUCAAAGCAAUUACCUGAGAAAAGCACUUACUUUUACCUCUACUUUUCUAAAUUUUCCUAUAAUUAUAAUUCCUGUUUUAAAUUGAAUUAUUUUUAAUAAAAUUUGUACGUUAUUUUUGUCAAUUUUUAAUGCAUGCUUUUAUAUUUGCAGUUUAUAUCUGCAUUUGCAAACAAUCAUUUUAGCAAUUGUAGUUGUAAAAACAGUGCUCCCGUAGUAUGUGAACCAAGAUGGCUGACACCGGAACGUAGUAUAUGUACCAGGUUAGGCCAUAAUUUCAGGUACAAAUACUAUGGUUGUCACUUGGCUAGUCCCCGAACUCGUAAUAGAACGAAAAUAAAAUUAUGGCCUAACCCUAACCUGGUGAACAUACUACAUUCUGGUGUCCGAUGGCUUGCACACUAUAAGAGUAUCGUAAAAACAGAGAAUAUGUGCAGGGAUUGGCUUAGACCUCUUGUGUUUGAACCAGCGCAUUUGUCAAUGUUAACCAGGCACAAAUACCAAUUGUAUGACUUAUGUUUUAUUUUAUUGUUGUUUACCUCUUAGGUGUUUGAAUCUUUUUUCUGAAUCUCUGUUAUUUUUUUUAUAUAUCAGUGUCACUCAUUAUAUCACUUACCUACCGGCACUAUAUUUUUUUUAUUCUCUGCAUGCAUUUACAGUAUAGAUUACAUGAUGGGAUUUUGUGAGUUUUGAAAAAGUUAAUUGGAUUUACUAUCUAAUAAAAAAAACUCAAAGCUGGAAUGCAAAAA